AGUAGACUGCGCGUGCCUUCUAAAUGACCCGGAAGAAGAAGGUUCCAGUCCGAACCGGAUAUUACCGCGGAACGGAGGUCAGGAGCUCUCUCUCACAGCCAUCUUGGAUAUAGCGUCCCGAGUCGCAACAAUGCCCGGCGAAGCAACAGAAACGGUCCCGGUCAUCGAGCAGGAGAUGCAGCAGCCUCAAGUGGAGACCGCUACUCCUCCUGCCGCAGGGUCCUCCCAGAAACCUCAGGCAGCUUCUGGCCCUGCAAAGCCCAAAGGCAAAGAUGCCAAGAGUGCGCAGGGUUUUUCUGCCCCGAAGGCUGUACCUGGCAGAAGGAAACGCUCCUCUAUGUCUGCCUCUUCCUCCUCCCCCACCUCACCAAAAUCCACUUCGUCCACCACCCCCCUUUCAGCUGUGCCAUCUCCCCUAGCUACCUCACCUGGAAGCUCUUCUACUAAUCAGGCAAAACGUUUCACCCCAAAAAUUGUCAAGGCGGGCAAACAAGGAAAAGCUAAGAAAGGAGAAGCAUUUGUGUCCGUUCCGUCCCCUGUGGCGUGUAAGGAGACCCCAGCAAUCGAAAAAACGGUGGAGGUGAUGCAGUUUGCAGCCACAGCUGCUUGUAAAGUUACCUCAAAGCCUGCAGUGGCCACUCCAUUUUUAGAUACUCUUGCAUCUAGCCCCCCCACACCAGUUGAGUUUAAGACCGCUCCAUCAAAAUCUGGCACUGUAAUUGUUGCUGCUGAUGAUGACCUCCCUCCACUUAUCGCACCGGAGAAGCCAGAACCUGCACCCCCCGUAGAAGCUACAAAGGUUGUUAAACCAGCUCAUAAGGGAUCCCCGGCCCAAAUCAAAGCUGUUAAAGAGGUCCCAUCAAGCAAAAACUCUAGUGUUGAGGCUUCUGAUUCAACUGCUGUAGCUAAACCAGCCACAGAGGCUAAACCUGCUCCCCUCGAUGCAGCUAAACCAGCCCCUGCUAAGGGCGUUAAACCAGCCACAGAGGCUAAACCUGCUCCUGUCAAGGCUGCUAAACCAGCCACAGAGGCUAAACCUGCUCCCCUCGAUGCAGCUAAACCAGCUCCUGUCAAGGCUGCUAAACCAGCCACAGAGGCUAAACCUGCUCCCCUCGAUGCAGCUAAACCAGCCCCUGCUAAGGCCCCUAAACCAGCCGCAGAGGCUAAGCCUGCUCCUGUCAAGGCUGCUAAACCAGCCACAGAGACUAAACCUGCUCCCCUCGAUUCAGCUAAACCAGCCACAGAGGCUAAACCAGCCCCUGCUAAGGCCCCUAAACCAGCCGCAGAGGCUAAACCUGCUCCCGUCAAGGCCGCUAAACAUCCCCUUGAUGCAGAUAAGCCGUCCACAGAGGCUAAACCUGCACCCGUUGAUGCAGCUAAACCAGCCGCAGAGUCUAAACCAGCCCCUGCUAAGGCUCCUAAACCAGCCGCAGAGGCUAAACCAGCCCCUGCUAAGGCUCCUAAAGCAGAGGCUAAAUCAGCUCCCUUCGAUGCAGCUAAACCAGCCCCUGUUGAUGUAGCUAAACCGGCCCCUGUUAAGGCUAGUAAACCAACCACAGAGGCUAAACCCACCCCCAUUAACGCUAGUAAAUCAGCCGCAGAGGCUAAGCCUGCUCCCGUCGAUGUGGCUAAACCAGCCACAGAGCCUAAACCAGCCUCUGCUAAGGCUAGUAAGCCAGCUGCAGAGGCUAAACCUGCUCCCAUCAAGGCUGCCAAACCUGCGGCAGAGGCUAUACCCGCUCCUGACGAUGCAGCUAAACCAGCCGCAGAGGCUAAACCUGCACCCGUCAAGGCCCCUAAACCAGCGACUGUGGCUAAACCAGCUCCUGUCGAUGCACCUAAACCUGCUCCCGCUAAGGCUAAUAAGCCAGCCGCAGAGGCUAAACCCGCUCCUGUUAAAGCUGCUAAACCAGCCACAGAUGCUAAACCAGCCCCUGUUAAGGCUAGUAAACCAGCCACGGAGGCUAAACCCGCUCCUGUCGAGGUUGCUAAACCCGCUCCUGUUGAGGCUGCUAAACCAGCCGCACAGUCUAAAACCACUCCUGUCGAGGUGGCAAAACCAGUGACCGAGGCUAAAACAGUCCCUGUCAAAGCUUCAAACCCAGCCGCAGAGGCUAAACCUGCCCCUGUUGAGACUGCUAAGCUGGGCCCUGAGGUUAAGGUGGCACCUGCUGAGGCUUCAUCUGCUCCUGUAAAAUCCUCUCCAGUUAAGCCGGCUUUUCAUGCCCCAGCGCCCCAUAAACUCACAUUUGCUGAGGCAGUUGCAAAACCGAUCCCAGUUAAACCAGAGGGUGAUUUAAUAGGUAAGACUCCUACAGAACCCAUCUCUUCACCCAAACCUGCCCCCACACCCGCUAAAACCCCGGUCAAGGUGGAGCCUGUGAUCAAGAACGACAAGGGAUCUGGUACAGAGUCGGACAGCGAUGACUCGGUCCCUGACCUGGAGGAACAGGAUUCUGCACAAACACAGACACAGCAAGCUCAGCUUGCUGCUGCUGCAGAAAUAGACGAGGAACCAGUCAGCAAAGCCAAACAGAGCCGCAGUGAAAAGAAGGCACGAAAGGCAAUGUCCAAGCUUGGUCUCAGGCAGGUAACAGGGGUCACCAGGGUCACCAUUCGCAAGUCAAAGAAUAUCUUGUUUGUAAUUACCAAACCAGACGUCUACAAGAGCCCUGCAUCAGACACAUACAUAGUCUUCGGUGAAGCAAAGAUCGAAGAUCUUUCCCAGCAAGCCCAGCUGGCUGCAGCAGAAAAAUUCAAGGUACAGGGAGAAGCUGUAUCAAACAUACAGGAAAACACACAGACGCCAACAGUACAGGAGGAAAGCGAAGAAGAAGAGGUGGAUGAGACCGGCGUUGAGGUCAAGGACAUCGAACUCGUUAUGUCACAAGCCAACGUGUCGCGAGCGAAGGCUGUACGCGCCCUGAAAAACAACAACAACGACAUUGUCAAUGCUAUUAUGGAGUUGACGAUGUAAUGGGACCCUCGCAACAAAGGGUUGAAGAAAGGUUGCUGAUGAGGUGACGAUGUAAUGGGACCCUCGCAACAAAGGGUUGAAGAAAGGUUGCUGAUUUAAGCUCAUUUAUACAAUUUAUACCCAAGGUGGAAAUAAAGUUGUGGAUGAUAAAUUGAAAUUUUUAGUUUUGCACAUCAUUGGAAAAUGGGUGGAAUUUUUGUUGUGGUCUGGUUGCAUAAAUGAUGGUUGACCUGU